CUUUUCGCAACCUGGGCCAGAAUCUGUGGGGUCCUCACCGCUACGGCUGCCUGAGUGAUGUCCAGGUGAGCUGUGUGGUGGCUGGGCCCUGCGCUGCACACAGUCUGCUCAUGACCACCGAGGGCAAGCUGUGGAGCUGGGGUCGUAAUGAGAAAGGUCAGUUGGGUCACGGAGACACCAAGCGUCUGGAGGCUCCCAAGUUGAUCGAGGCCCUGGCUGAUCAGGUGAUAGUUGCUGCAGCUUGUGGACGCAACCACACACUGGCACUCACAGAGAAUGGCACUGCAUACUCUUUUGGUGAGAAUAAGCUUGGUCAGCUCGGCCAAGGCAACCAGACUGAUGCAGUGCUUAGCCCAGCACCGGUAAGCCAACACC